AUGUCGUUCACGCUUGUGCCGUCGCUGGGCUCGCUGCUGCGCGGCAUCACCAUUCCGCCGGUCGGCGGCGACACCAUGUUCACGAACAUGUACCUCGCCUACGACACGCUGUCGGAGGGCAUGAAGAAGAUCGUCGAAGGGCUGCACGGUAUCCACACUGGCGGCCGCAAGGUCGACGAUCCCAACUCCGACCGCGAGAAGGAGCAGAAGAAGAUCAAUCCGCCGAUCGCCCAGCCGGUGGUGCGGGUGCAUCCCGAGACCGGCCGCAAGGCGCUCUACAUCGGCGAGAAGGUCUCGUGCUUCGUCGACAUGACGCCGGAGGAGAGCCGGCCGCUGAUCGACUAUCUGGUGCGCCACGCCACGCGGCCGCAGUUCGUCUAUCGCCACCAGUGGCAGCAGGACGACAUCAUCCUGUGGGACAAUCGCUGCACCAUGCACAUCGCGCUGGGCGACUACCAGGAAGGCGAGAUCCGCCACCUCGAGCGCACCACCGUCAAGGGCACUCCGUCGGGAUAUUACCUAUAA